AUCCGAGCGCCGCUACCCUCUCACUCUCCUUCUUCCGAGGCGACCACAGCAGCAGCUGACUACAGCGGCACAGAUCAACAGCAGCGGCACAAUGGUUUGGUGAUGGCAAAGGCGGCGACGAUGAUGAAGACGUGGCGAUCUCCUAGCGGUGCGGCUCAGCGGCGGCCUGGUGGUGGCGGGAGCCGGAGUCAACGGCGGCCAAGCUCGGGGGAAGGUCAGGGCUUUGAGGCAAUGAUGGAGGAGUAGAGGAGAAGCAGAUGGGGUCGGGUCAAACUGGUUCGGUUUUGGACCAGUUCCGACCGGGUUCAAAGUGCUGAUUAUUGUGUACUGGGUUGGGCCAUACUUUUUGUGUAUGAUAAGAAAAGGGUAACAAGCCUUAAUUUGGUUAGACUGUGCCUCGAGCCCAAAUAUGUAAUAAACACGGAUCAAACUCGAAUUAAAGUCGAAUGCAUAUGAGAACUUGAUGUAUUUUAAUUU